AUGCAAUAUAUUAAUGGUAAUGAAAUUUCACGUCAAAAUAUUCGUGAGAUACACGAAUUAGCAGUCUCACCUAAAAUACCAUGGACCCCAGAGUUAGAAGAGUCUGAUACAGAUUAUUUAAUAUCAAGUCAUACAAUAGAAUCCAUAUAUAUAACAAAAGGAGUAUGUGACUUCAGUAUUUCACCAGAAAAACUAUAUGAAAUUUUAUAUAAUAUAAAACUAAGACAUAAAUGGGAUUAUCAUUGUCAACAUGCAGAAAUUUUAGAAGAAUAUGAUCAUUUAAACCAUAUCAUUCAUUUAAAAUUUACCAAUCCAUUAAUUGACUGUUUAGAAAUGAAUUUAUAUAGAAGUUGUAGAUAUGACCCCCAGGCAAGAGUUUUUGUAAUUGCAAUGAGAUCCAUUGAAUUAGAAGAAACAAACGAAAACCAAUUUGAAUGUUUACCAAAUGGUUGGGUAAUUCAAGGUCUUCAAGGUGAAAAAGAUAAAUGCAGAUUAACUUUCAUUCAACAAUGUCAAAAAAGAGAUAUAGAUUCACAAAGAGUACCAGGAUAUAGGUCAUUUGAUUCUAAAGAAACCCUUCAAGAUUUUAAAUUUUUAACUUUAUUUCCAGCAACAGUUUGUGGUCGUUUAGGAACAAUAUUUAAAUCUCUUGAGCAUUUUAUUAAUAACAACAAAGAGGUUCAAGAGAUUCAAGAUUCAAGAAUUUCAAUUAUGGAAAAAGCAGAAAAAGAAGUAAAUGAAAUGUUUGGAACAACAAAUCCUGAUUAUGGUUGGAAAAUAUAUUUAAAGAAAUUAGAUAUGGAAAUUUUAAUAAAGAAAACUGAAGAAGGUUAUUAUAUGAUUGGAAAGGGCAGUUUUUCAUCAAUCUUUCCUCCAUCAUUAUUGGCUGAUGUUUUAUAUGAUCCAAAAAACCCAUUUGAAUGGGAUACCUUUUAUGAUAAAACCGAACUAAUUGAAGAUAUUAAUGCGAAUGUUAGAGAAGUCGAAGUAAACUAUAGAAUGUGGAGAAAUACAAUUAAUAUGCGUUUGCUCCAAUCCGUUAAAAAAGGUCCAGGUAAUUUUUCAUCUGUUCAUUGGAGAUCCAUUUCAUCACCAGGCUAUCAAGUUACUGACGGUAUCGAAGUACAUUAUCUUCCAACUGGUUUAUUAAAUUAUGGUUUGGGUGAAGGUAGUUUUACAAGUUUUUUAGCAGCUAUCGAGGUUAAGGGCUAUCCAACACCAUGGGAACAAGAAAUGGUUACUAAAUUAUUUGCCGCAAGAAUCAUCUCUAAUCAAAAUAGUAUUAUGAAUCAUGUAAACAAAAUUUCAGCAUUUUCAAAGUUAUCUAAACACUUACCAGUAAUUCCAACCAUUGAAAAUCAUUGUGGUGAGGUUGGUCCACAAAUCGGUAGUCCCCAAGUUUAUAAUGAAAUGGUUGAAAACUUUGCAAAUAUUUUAUUAAAUGACAACAAUAAAGAUAACAACAUUGCAUCAUCAAAAAACAAAAGAAAGAGAAACGGAACAAGAGAUGAAGAAGAAAAUGGUGCUGAUCUCACCCAACAACAAUUGUUACAACAAUAUCAACAUAAUGAACAGGCAAUGAGACCAAGUUUAAGAUUACCUGGUGUAGCUUUAAAGAAUGGUUCGAUGGAACAAACCCCAAUUGCAUGGAACGAAAGCAAAAAACAACCAUUCCUCUUCUUGGUCUCUGAUAGCGGUAGAAAAGGAAAAAUCCAAAGAAAAUCCUAUUAUUUUUCAAAUUCCUCUUUUGAUAAUUUGCCAGAAGAACUAAUUCAUAUUAUUUUUUUCAACUUAUCUGCCAGAGAUAUUAUUAAUGUAUCACUAGUUUGUAAGAGAUUCAAAGUAACAACCGAUAACACUAAUCUUUGGAAACAUUUAUUCAAAAACAAUCCAUCAUUCAACAAAAAAAUACCAAAGAAAGAAAUUUUUAAUCCAGCAUUUGAUAAUAUAAUAAUUUCAAACCCAAGCGAUCAACAAAUGAUCGAAAACUCCACACAAAUUCCAAUGGCAAACGACCAACCUGCAGGUACUGCACCAGUACAACAAACACCAUUAGAAAUGGCCGGUAUAAACAUCAAUGACCCAAUUAGUCUUUUAGUUACUCUCACCAAUGGCAACAUACCAGUUGAUCUUUCAGCCAACGACACUGAAACAUUAAGACAAUUGAUUUCACAAGUUAAUUUUACAGAUUUUUCAAAUAUUGAUCAAGUAUUGGCACAAUUACCACCACAAAUCAUGUCGUUAAUACCAAUGGAAACUAUACAAUCAAAAAUUCAAGAGAUGAAGGCCCUUAUGAGAAUAAUAUCUGGAAUGCCUCAAACAAACCAAGAAAACCAUAUGCCUCAAAAAUCCAGUGACCAUAGAGGAAAUUCUGAUGAAAGUGAUGGUAUGAAUCGUAAAAAUAAAAACAAAGGCUAUAGACCAUAUGAUGAAUUUAUUAACUGGAAAGCUCAAUACACUCAAAGAUUUAAACAAAGUGACUGUUGGACCAAAUUAAAACCAACCAGUAAAAUAGAACUUAAAGGUCAUACCAAGAGUAUAAAAUCAGUCAAAACCGAGGGUAAUUCUGCUGUAUCAAUUGCCGCAGAGAAGAAGGUACGUAUGUGGAAUUUAAAUUCUGGUGAAUGUAUUAGUACAUACGAAGAAAGUAAUAUUUCUCCAAUUUCAAUUGAAUAUGAUAGAACUCAAAGAUCAAAUUCAAUUUGGCCACUUUCAGAUUACACCAAGGUAUAUGUAGGUUUCAAGAAUGGUAGUGUUUCUAUUGUUGACUUUUUCGAACAACCAAUUAAAGCACAUACUUUUAAUAGAAUGUCAUUAUUGGCAGAUGGUUUUGAUUUUAGCUAUCAUGGAAAAUUCUUUAUUUGGGAAGAGUCUAUCAUCGAACUUUGGGAUGUAGAAUCAUCAACUAGAUUAUGGCAAGAACCUGUAUCUCACUCUAAAAAGAUUAUUCAAACCAAACUCCAACUCCAUAGUAGUAUUUCAAAUGAUGGUAUUGCUCUUACCACCAGUUCAGAUAGAACCGCCAAAAUUUGGAAUCUUAGUAAUGGUCAAUUAAUUUCAUCAUUAAAUGGACAUACCAAUGCAGUAAAUUGUAUCGAAUCAAUCGGUGACUACAUGCUUUUAACUGGCUCCAGUGAUAAAACAUUAAAGCUCUGGGAUUUAAGACAAACCCAAACAUUCUUAUCAAGUCAUGCAACAUCUCAUACAUCUCCAAUUAGAUGUUUAACAUAUCAAGAGAAAAAUGGUAUUGUAUUAAGUGGCUCUGAUGAUGGUUAUAUUAUAGGUUGGAGUUUAGAUAAUUGGGACUUUUCAAAUAUUGAACCAAUCAAUUUGGCACCACCAACACCAGUUGCUCCUCCACCACCAGCCCCAGCUAAUCCAGCUGAACCAGCUCAACCAGCCGCUGUAGUUAAUAAUGUACAACCCACUGUAGCUGUAGCCAAUACUCAACAACAAAUAUUACAAAACCUUCCAAAAAUUUCAUUAGGCACAUUUAAAGAAUCAUCAAAAAUACCUAUUAAAUCACCAAUUACUUGUAUUGAUUCAGAUGAAGCUGGUUUCAUUAGUGGUUCAUCCAAUGGUACCAUUUUCAGAUGGGAUUUUAAUAAUUAA